AUGAUUCCUGACUUCAUGUGCCAAGGAGGAGACUUCACCGCCAAAAACAGUACCGGUGGAGAGUCCAUCUAUGGUGCGAAGUUCGCUGACGAGAACUUCACCAAGAAGCACGCUGGUCCCGCAAUCCUAUCCAUGGCUAACGCUGGGCCCAACACCAACAGAUCUCAGUACUUUAUCUGCACUGUUAAGACCACUUGGCUCGAUGGGAAGCACGUUGUGUUUGGCCAGGUUCUGGAAGGCAUGGAAGUGGUGAAUGCCAUUGAGAAGGUUGGAUUAGGGAGUGGAAAGACCGCCAAGAAGGUUGAGAUCGCCGACUGUGGCUAG